ACACCUGUUCAGAUUAAGGAAUUUGGUGCAGUAAAUAAAGUUGACUUCUCCCCAGUUCCUCCAUAUAACUAUGCUGUCACAGCCUCUUCAAGGAUCCACAUUUAUGGUCGUUACUCUCAAGAACCGAUCAAAACGUUUUCUCGCUUCAAAGAUGCUGCUUAUUGUGCCACAUACAGAGAUGAUGGCAACCUGCUAGUUGCUGGCAGCGAGGAAGGGAGCAUUCGCCUCUUUGACAUCAGUGGAAGAGCACCGCUGAGACAGUUUGAGGGUCAUACAAAACCUGUUCAUGUAGUGGGUUUCCUGUUUGAUAAAUACCGAGUAUUUUCUGGUGGUGAUGAUUAUUCGUCAAAUUUGUGGGAUAUUCCGAAUGCUACAGAAAUCGUCUCAUAUAGUGAACAUACUGACUAUGUGAGAUGCGGCUGCGCAAGUAAAGUGAAUGCAGAUGUCUUUAUAACAGGUUCCUAUGAUCACACUGUGAAAUUAUUUGAUGCACGAACAAAAAGUAGUGUCAUGACAAUAGAACAUGGCCAGCCUGUGGAGAGCGUCCUUCUGUUCCCUUCUGGUGGGCUUCUAGUAUCUGCAGGAGGUCGAUAUGUCAAAGUUUGGGAUGUACUAAAAGGCGGACAAUUACUAGUUUCACUUAAAAAUCACCAUAAAACUGUAACUUGUUUAUGCCUGAACAGCUCUGGUCAAAGGUUAUUGUCAGGAUCCCUGGACAGGCAUGUGAAGAUUUACAGUACUACCUCCUACAAAGUCGUCCACAGCUUUAACUAUGCAACAUCCAUCCUCAGUCUUGCAUUGUCG